AUGGCUUCAAAGGCGCUCGCAAAGGCUUUUCCCAAGUCGCUCAAGGAGGUCAGGCUACACCUCUGCCAGACAGGACAGGCGUCUGCAGGCACUAGGCAAUUCAUCCAAAACUCCUACAAGGGCAUCAAGGCCUCAAAUCCCGAGCUGCCUUUCCUGGUUCGUGAGGCACAUGGUACUCCAGCUCGCAUCUUUGCCAGAUUCGAGCGCGGAGUGGAGAAGCAAGUAGAGGUAGACGGUCUGAGCGAACAGGACGUGCAGAAGAAGUUCCAGGAGCUCCUGACAUGA